AUGUCGAACGACACCAACGUGAUCCUCAUGGAGAGUGCCAAUAGCCUGGACGUCCAGGACCUGGUGGAGCCGAAAAAUGGGUUGAUAUACACUACAUUGAUGCUGCUGCCGCGUUUAGGGUGGGCGAUUCUCCAAUUGCUCUACAUCGGGCUCAUGGCGAUCUUCCGCGCGAUGGAGCCAUCGCUGAGCCGGAGGCUUUCUGUCUCCUUUUCUGUUUCGGCGCUGUUGAUGCUUUCUCUGGUGUUUUUUGCUGUUUUGUGGGCCCUGGUCAGAUACCACUGGCUUACCCGGUACUCGCGCCUGCAUGAGGAUGAUCAGGCAGAAGACGAGAUUUCGGAACAGCUGUUGGAUGACUUGCAUUACAAGGAUAGCGACGACGAUAGAGACGACACCAGUGGCUACUUUGAUGAGUUCCUCAGCGCCAUCCAGAUCUUCGGCUACCUUGACCGUAAGGUCUUUAUGGAGCUCACUAAGAGCAUGCAGACGUAUCGGCUGAACGAAGGCGAGACUCUUCACCACCAUGAUGUGCAUGGGUUCGCGUUUGUCGUAGACGGUGUGAUUCAGGUGUACUCGAAGCCUUUGGAGAACAGCGGCGAAAACAAUGGAUACGAGCUCAUCAACGAGGUCAAGAGAGCCGCGCCAUUGUCUUCGCUGUUUUCUAUUUUAUCGCUAUUCACUGAAGACGUCGAGCUUAACGAGCAUUUAAAUCCUACUCGGAUGGACGAUUUCGAAAUCAAUCCUCCCCCGUCGGUUUCAAGAGCUCAGAGCCCUACCACCUCCUCGCCCAAAGGAACGGGUUAUUUUGACCACGUUCAUGACGAAAAAGUGCGCUCAGAGUCUACAGCAAAACCCCGCGAGUCUGACUUUGACAAGGUAUCCAAAGAGAUCUUGUCCGUGGCGAAGACCCCGGCUACAAUUGCCGUCAUUCCGGCACGGGCUUUCAGAAUGCUGACUCGAAAGUAUCCGAGAGCCACAGCAAAUAUCGUCCAGAUCAUUCUUACUCGCUGGUCUCGAGUGACAUUCCGUACCUGCCAUCACUACCUCAAUUUGACAUCUCAUAUCUUCCAGGCUGAAGUCACGUUAAACCAAUUGGCGACCAAUGACUUUCCCGACUGGCUGCGGGAAGGAGCAGUUCGAAGACUCCAAGCCAUGGCAGAGAAUGAUCAGGAUGCAAAGAAAUUCUCGCUUAAGCGUUCGCGAAAGGGCCCUGUGUUCGAUUUGUCGGCUACUUCGCACCAGGUGUCGCUCGACCACAGCAUUGAUCCUACUUUCCCCGGUGACUUGUUGUCAAACGUGCCAUUAUCGCGAAGACCGACCAUGGCAAACAUUCGUGACAAUUUGCAAACUGUCAACCGUAGGGACACUAUCAAUCUCAUCAAUCAGCAACUCAGCCAAGCUUCGUCCAAAAAUUCAUCAAAGCAUAACUCGAGGCCUUCAAGCUUGAAGGGUGCUUAUCCUAGUGCUGAAACAAGUGCCAUUGACAUUCAAAAGCUUCUGCCACCUAGAAUGCGUCGGAAUGUUAGCUUUAUCACUGAUGAUGGGCUGCACCUCCAGGAAGACAAUCAGACCGAGGACGCCGCGCUUAGGCAUGCCCUCGUGGAGGUGAUGUUUUCAAUCAUGGGUUUUGACUCGACAAUGGGCCGCCAGCAUCAAAGUAGCGGGAACAAGCCUCGAGAUGAACAAGCAUCGAACGGGACGUUAGGAAAUACCCUGGAAAGCUUCAAGAUUUCUGCCACGGAACCUGUGCCCAGCAGCCAAGAUAGUGCCACAGAGGUGACUUCUGUGUACUCAGAUUCUGAGACCAUUCACAUGUCAUACGAGGAAGUGGUUGAGGAAGCAUCUGAAUACAUUGAUGUCGAAUUUUACCGCGAGGGCCAAAUUAUUUCGGAGACCGGCAAAACUUGUCCUGGCAUGUUUUUCAUUCUAGACGGCCAGCUUCAAGUUGUUAGUCCUAAAGGUGAUGGGAAAGAGGAAGUUCUUUAUACUGUUCACCCGGGUAGUGUGACAGGGUAUUUGGAAACUGUGACCGGCCAUAAAGCUUCCGUCAACAUUGUUGCCAAAACAGACGUUUGUGUGGCCGUUCUAAGCCGUGAGCAUUUUGAAAGAAUCACGGAAAGGUGCCCCGCACUAUAUAUUUAUGCUGCAAAGACCUUAACAACGUUGUUGAGCAGACCCAUCAUUCAGCUUGAUUUUGCCCUUGAAUGGACUAACGUCAAAUCUGGCAGUACGAUCUACCAUCAAGGAGCGUCUGCAGAUGCAAUUUACUUUGUGUUGAAUGGACGCGUGAGAACCGCUGUGGAGAAAAAGGACGAAAAACAAAAAACAGGAAAGCAGACUACUGGCGAGUACGGACAGGGAUCUACUUUAGGCGAGCUCGAAGUGUUUUUGGGUGGCCAGUACCUAUCGACAGCUGUUACCGUUCGCGAAACAGAACUUGCGCGAUUUCCUCGUACUCUCGUCAAGAGUCUAGCGCAGUCUUAUCCAUCGAUCACUUUCGAACUCACCAAGAUUGUCGCUACGGAGAUUGUUCGACUGAAGAACGGCGAAGCGAGCAGUGUUCCUUCGGCAUAUUUCAGAACCAUUUCUGUAGUUCCGACUCAUGAAGGGCUUCCAGUCUCAGAAUUCGCGCAUCGCCUAUCUGCGGCGUUCACAUCGAUCGGCCGAACCAGUGUUGUAUUGACGAAUGCCAGUGUUCUGAGAUACCUUGGCCGCUAUGCAUUCAGUCGUAUGGGUACAUUGAAGCUCAAAGCGCUUUUGGCUGACCUUGAGGAACAAUACGAUAACGUUUUAUUUGUUGCGGACACUGGGCCCAAGACAUCGUGGACAAGGACUUGCGUCGGAAUGGCGGACUGUGUGUUGCUUCUGGCUGACGCACAGGCGAGCCCCAAAUUUGGCCCUUACGAGCCACUACUGCUACGGGCCUCUGCAGAAACGAAAUUGAUCCUUCUCCAACAUGAACAGCAUGUUGUCCCCGGUUCGACUUCUCGGUGGUUGAAAAACAGACCGUACGUGAAAUCGCACAACCAUAUUCACAUGAAAUUCUCGCACAAGGCCAGCACAGUGCCAACAACGUCGCAAGAGCAGGGAGCUGUUCAAAAGUUGCGCAGCUUCAAGCGACGGGUUGAGCAAGAGUUCCGGAACCGGGGGCCUCAAGGUCGAUCACGUGUGAUUCAAGCUGAGCGAAACUCCUAUGCCUUCAAGAACGAUUUCCAAAGACUCGCACGUGUGCUGUCUGGGCAGGCUGUUGGUUUAGUGCUUGGUGGAGGAGGUGCCCGCGGUAUUGCGCACAUUGGCGUGUUGAGAGCGCUGGAAGAGAACCAGAUUCCGAUAGACAUGGUUGGCGGUACGUCGAUUGGCUCGUUUGUCGGCGGGCUGUAUGCGAGGGAGUAUGACAAUGUUCCACUCUAUGGACGUGCCAAAAGGUUUGCCAGCCGACUGAGUAACUUGUGGAGAAUGAUGCUGGACGUGACGUAUCCAGCCACUGCGUACACGACAGGCCACGAGUUCAAUCGCGGUAUCUGGAAAGCAUUCGGAGAAUCCAGAAUUGAAGAUUUUUGGCUGCCGUACUUUUGCAAUACAACCAACCUCACAAGGUCGCGAAUGGAGAUCCACAAGAAAGGCUAUGCCUGGCGGUACAUUCGUGCUUCCAUGUCGUUGGCUGGGUUAGUGCCUCCCAUUGAAGACAAGGGAGAAAUGCUUUUGGACGGUGGUUAUAUGGACAACGUCCCCGUGCGCGAGAUGAUAGAGGCCGGUGCACGGUACAUCAUCGCGGUUGACGUUGGUUCUGUGGACGAUACAUCGAAAGUACAGUAUGGUGAUACAUUGAGCGGGCUUUGGGUGUUAUUCAACCGGUGGAAUCCGUUCAGCAAGCACCCGAAUGUGCCGAACAUCGCCGAAAUUCAGCAACGGCUAGCCUAUGUGUCGAGCGUGCAAGCACUGCAGGAAGCCAAGGCUUCGCCCAACCUGCUGUACUUGCGGCCGCCUAUUGAUUUCUAUGCCACGCUUGACUUUGGCAAGUUCGACGAGAUCUUGUCUGUGGGGUACACCUACGCCAUCGACAAGCUUAAGGAGGUUGGGGCCAACGACAAGCUGGGACUGGGCGCGAUAGUUUCCAAGGAUCCACCCAAAGUGCGGUUCCGCCGGCAUUCGAUUUAG